AUGGUGAACUUUUCUCCCACUCUCAUAUUCUCCUCCAAACACAACCCAGGGAAACAUCCCUUCCUCGCCAACACCACGGGUGGAAAGGGUUGCCCGGGCUGCGUUUGCAAACAAGGCUUCAGGCGCUCCGUGUUCGGCGAAUGCAUAGCCGAAAGCGACUGUCGCACCUGCUGGAACGACCCUUUCUCGGACUACUCCAGCUGCGGUGGAUGUCCGCCCGUCUGCGGCGAGGAUUAUCCCGCACCGUGCCCCAGGACUUGCACGUCCGGUUGCUACUGCCUCGAUGGGUUUGUGAGGUCAUCGAGGGACGGUGGUUCCUGCGUGCCAAUCGCCUCGUGUCCUCCCAAAUGCUUCGGCGAGAACAUGGUGUUCGUUGCGCAAAAGUCUUGCUACCCGGAACGUUGCCCCAAACGAGAGGAUCAAGACGACGACGCUUACGAUUGUGGACGACCCGGGUGUGAAUGUUCGCAAGGUCACCGCCUUCUAGAUUCCUUUACUUGCGUCGCCAAGUGUCCGCCUGAAUAGGAACUCGUGAGUGUGCCUCGAUACUCCUCUUCGAGACAUCCUAGUUCUGAGGAACCCAAAGACUAGCUUCGAUUAAAAGACGCAUUUCGUUUC